UUGAACAGAUUUCCUUGCUACAAGCUAGCCGCACACUGGAUAUUUAAAAAAAACACGACCAAAAGAUGCUCCUUCGCCGGAUCAAAAGUGUCCAACAAAUAACUACAGCAAGUCAGGGGGAACUUUGUCCAACUGUGUCCAAACUUCAGUAAGGCGGCGAGCCCCAAGCGGCACUUUCGAGGGUGUUAGCAUUGUUUCAUCGCCUCUUGCUGAGGACGACUCGUCUUUUUUUCCCCUCUUUUCUUUUUACAGUUAGUACCUAAUUGCUGGAGUAAUUGCUGAUGAAUUCCCCGAAAAAGGACGGAGAUGAUGAUGUGCCCGUUAAAGACUCGAUAAAAUACGGCGAACUGGUCAUUUUGGGGUACAAUGGCUCUCUUCCCACUGGCGACCGCGGCCGCCGAAAGAGCCGCUUUGCCCUGUACCGACGGGCCAAGGCCAACGGCGUCAGACCCAGCGCCGUGCACAUCCUCAACACGCCGCAGGACAGCAAGGCGGUGCACAGCAGGGGGCAACACAGCAUCUCUUUCACACUGUCCCGCAACCAGACUGUGGUGGUGGAGUAUUGCCAUGACAACAACACUGACAUGUUCCAGAUCGGACGCUCUACAGAAAGUCCCAUCGACUUCGUAGUGACGGACACAUCUGGUGGAGCCAAGGAGGGAGAGGACCCCUCCAUCGCCCCCAGCACCAUCUCACGUUUUGCCUGCAGGGUGGUGUGUGAGCGCCACCCGCCGUACACGGCGCGCAUCUACGCUGCUGGCUUUGACUCCUCCAAAAACAUCUUCUUGGGGGAGAAGGCCACCAAGUGGAAGAAUCCCGAUGGACACAUGGAUGGCCUGACCACCAACGGGGUCCUGGUUAUGCACCCGGAAGGCUUCCCUGAGGACCCCAAGCAGGGGCUGUGGCGGGAAAUCUCGGUCUGUGGCGACGUCUACGCCUUACGGGAGACACGCUCUGGUCCCAGCAGGGGCAAACUUGCGGAAGGGGAGAGCAGUGCGCUACGGGACGGUUCGUUGGUGGAUCUGUGCGGUGCCACACUGCUGUGGCGCACGGGCGAGGGCCUGAUGCGCGCUCCCACCUUACGCCACCUGGAGGCGCUUCGCCAGGAGUUGAAUGCCUCUCGGCCCCAGUGUCCUGUCGGCCUCAGCACACUGGCCUUCCCCAGCCUGCCCCGCAGCCACAGCCUCGAAGAACGUCAGCCAUGGGUCUACCUCACCUGCGGCCACGUCCACGGACGCCAUGACUGGGGUCAAAGAUCUGAGGGCGAGGAGGAGCCAGGCGAGGGCGAUGGCUCCACCGUGCGUCGAGAGUGCCCGCUGUGCCGGAGUGUGGGCCCCUACGUGCCACUGUGGCUGGGUUGCGAGCCGGCUGUGUACGUAGACGCCGGCGCCCCCACUUAUGCUUUUGUGCCGUGCGGCCACGUCUGCUCGGAGAGGACAACCAGGUACUGGGCGGACACCCCGCUGCCUCACGGGACGCACGCCUUCAGGCCCGUGUGUCCCUUUUGCUCCUCUGCCCUCAGCUCGCCAGGAUGGACACGGCUCAUCUUCCAGGGCCCCAUCGACUAACAAAACCAACACAAAGAAGAUUUGACGGAUCCUUUCCUUGCGUAUUGACAAACACAGUUUUGUAGCGUAUGCAACUCCUGCCUUUAUUUCUCCUUUGGGCUUGUUGAUGGAUUGAGGAUCUGAAGACGAGGUGACGAAAUGAAAUGUGACAGAGAUAUCAAUAAGGCCAUUGAUUUUCUCUGAACUUCAUGUUAGUCUGAUGUCCAUUCUAUUAAAUCAGCCUAUUCACAAAGUACAUAUCCAUAUCCCCCGCAUAUUUGCGAUUCAGCGUUCACGCCCCAGCAAGUUCACUGAUUUUUCUUCCCAAAAAUUUUAUAAAUAUAUCUCCAAAAAUAGGUCGGGUUUUUUUUGGGCCAAAAAUCAUUUCAUUCAUCCAAAGUUUGUAACAGAUUAUACGCAAUAGUAAAGCAUAAUAAUACAACAUGCAUUUACAGUCAUCCCUCGUUUAUCGCGGCUAAUUGGUUCCAGGCCUGACCAUGGUAAUCAAAUUUCCACAAAGUAGGAUUAUCAUUAAUAAAUCUAAUAUUUUCUUAGUUAUAGCAUAUAAAACUGUUUACGACUUCUUAAAAAACAUUUUUUAAACAUUAUUAGAGCCCUUAAAACAUGAUAUACCAUUCAUAUAGUCACCUUAACUCUCGUUUUACCCAAUAUAGUAGCCUUGAGUGUGUUCUACUGUAGCUUAAAGUACUCACUCACUGGAUCCUCGAAGCGUCAUUGCUGUAGCCGCCGCCUGACCACUACAACACGACUGUCGCGUGGAAAUAUCAAAUCCUACGUAAUUCCUCUAAGUUAGAACUGGGUUACCAUGUGCUGAAACCAAGGACGUAAAUUGUUCUGUGAAAACUUGGUCAACUUGACAGUUGCAGCUACGACCAUUAGCCCUAUUGUUAGCAUUUUGUGUUGUUAUCAUUUCGUGUCCUGCGUUGUGUUGUCAUUCCACAUCGCUCACAUCAAGGGCUUACCAAUGUCAUGUGGAACUGAUGAUAUCAAAGAUGAAGUGCAUCAACAGAGUUCAACUACCGGUACACUUAGCAUUGCCCGGACAGCUGCUGAUAGCAGUCUUGUGAACAUUAAGUGGCACGUCGAUAUUGGUAUGUCUUGUCUUUUAAAACAGCUCACGCUAUAGUCUCACCAAUGUGAAACAGUGUGAUUGAUGAGGCAGGUGUUUAAGAUAAAGUUAAUCAAAAUGUUGUUCUGCCAAAAUUUGCUCAACUUGAUUGUCACGGUAAAGAUAGCGCCAAGAUUAGCUGCCAUGUUGUUAGCAUUGUUCACCCUUAACCCGGAAAUGAAAGUCCCUCUUGGUGAAUAUCUUUAUCAAUUGCCACAACAUAAUAACAGAAAAUAACACAAACACUGUAAUACAUAUUAGACUUAAUUUAACACUUAUUUUAGGCCAAAAAUAUGUAGAAUAUGCUAUUUUUAUCAUUUUUUAAAAAUCUGCGAUGUAAUAAAUUCGCAAUAUUUUAAGCGCGAUGUGGCGAGGGACGACUGUACGAUGAAACAAUGUGACGUCAGUGCAAGAUGUCAAAAACAUCACCUUCGACCGUUAGUUUUGUUCUUCUUCCGUUCCAAAACUUGCAUUGAGGUGAACUCAAGUUCUCAAGUAGGCAGUGUGGAUUAUGUAGACGCAGCUGUGGAGAAAGGCCCUCUACAACAACUAGCAGGGACAACCCAGCGGCCUGCAGAGCAGUGGAGCCAUGUACCAACGCCAGCUGCUUUAGAGGGAGAUGUACAGCAGGCGGUGGUUGUUGCGCGAGUCUGGCGCCCAGGCGAAAGGCUAGAUCGUUACUCCGAUUCCAUCUGUUCUAUCAAACAUCUUUCGUUAUCAUUAAUAAUUACCUAUCCACUUCAUCAUUUAAAAUUGUUUAGGCAUAUUUAGGGUUCAAACUUGGAUUGCUUGAAUUUAGCUUGUUAACUUCUUUUAAGGCAAGAAAACAACAGCAGUUAAAUGAAAACGAGAAGGCUUAUUGAAGCUGGAUAUGAUCUAAUAAUUACAACACUCGCUUUUAUUGCAAAUAUUGAUCUGAAUUAGAGGGUCAAUGUCAAGCUUGCAGGAAGGUUUAGAGGGGGAAGUGUAAGCAAGGAAUAGCGUAGGGUGGCUCACAGAGUAUCAUACAUAAUUAUCCGGGUCAAAAAUAUGAGUUUUUUGUGGUCAUCUCAAUUCCUCGUGUUAAUUUGAUAAUUGCGAAUGUUCUCUGAACAUAACCACACAAAUUGCAGCGAUCUAUUGUACAGUAGGACCUCACCUGUGCAGAAAGCAGAUCCCAGAUCCCAACCCCAUCAUCAAGCCAAAGGAGUAUAAAUAAGGGUUUUGGAAACUAGGUAAGAUCCACUUCACACAACUCCCCGAAAUAACAGCAAUAACAGCACUCACUGGUUUGUAUAAGCUAAGAACUUACGCUCGCUUUUAUGGCCAGCGGAGAUCGCCUCAAACACAGUUCUGGCGUUUUGGAGGUCAACCAGAAGUGUGUUCUGUUGUCGACAACCUUUUGAUGGAACCAAAGUGUUAAAAGCCUAUUUACUGGUAGUAAACGUAACACUAGACGGCCAAUAAAACUGCUAACACUAAAUAUUUCAAAAUGGUUCUCAAUGUUUUUUAAAACGGUUAUAUAUGAAACCGGAGGACAAAUGAAUUAAGUGUUCAGUGUUGGCACGUGUGAAAUUAACCAAUUAAAAAAUACUAUUUUAUUAUUAAUUUUAGAUGCCGGAAAACUUGAGGAAUUAAAGAAAAUAAUCAAGUUAUCUUUUGUGUAGGCGUAGCAAACAGCAUCACUAGCAUAUUCUUCUUCACUCAACAAACUGGUUGAAAGGGAAUCAACAGUGCCUCUGCUGGUAGCACCCGAGCAGUACCCUCCAGUUUGAUCCUGUUGCCUCCAGAGGUAAUUAAUCAGCAAUAAAUUAUUUGAAAUUGACAGAAUUCUUGUAAUAAAUAAUUAAUACAAUCAAUACAUAUUCUCGCAUAAACCUCAUUAGUAGGCAGCAUUAACGCGUUAACACACUUCUGGUUGCUCCUUUAAUAUGCUAAUAGGUUUCUUAAGGUGUGUCAGCGUGUUGGUGGCGUGUCCAAAGGUUAGAUCUUGCGUAACCUCAAAAAAUAACCUCAUUUUUUUCCCUUCUUGUUUGAACGUGUACGUACGUGUCGAAGAAAAACAUAUUUUGUUAGGAAAUGUGGAGUGAGGGUGUUCAGUAUUUAAAAGAUAUAUGACUAUUUUUCUAACUGAUUUAGUUGUUUAACUCAGUGAAAGUUGUCCAGUAUGUUCUGGGGAUGUCAGGAGAGCCCGCAAGUGUAUAACAGAAUUGUUGCCAACACUAUGUUCGCCACACACAAACACACUCACACACCAAAACACAACACAACACAUUGAGUAUGUGUACACAGUGCUACCGUAGAACAAUGAAUGUAGCCAACCACGCGGGCUGUGUCCUAGCCUCUCCCUGGUGCUCAUAUUGAAUGGUCUUUAUAUUGUGAUACUAUUUUUGUAACUGAAUAUUGCGAUGUAGCCCCGGUGACGACCUAGCUUGAAUAUAAUAACGUGGUAUGGAAGAUGUAGAGUGGAUAUGCUACACGCUCACUCGCUUGCAUGUACACGCACGCACACACACACACACACACACACACACACACACACACACACACACACACUCUCUCUCAAAUGCAUUCCAACCUUCUUAAUUCAGAGUGUUUGAUGAUGUCUUCCGAGUCUUUGGCUGUUCAACAUGCAACAUUUUAUGGAAAAAAGAGAAAAAUCCUAAUACUUGACAGACCCACGUUGUACUGUAAUGCUAAUAUUUGCCACCAAAUGCUGCAGAUAAGAAAAAAAAAUCCUGCCAAUAUUCUCAUUCUUUCAGGUCAUUGUAUUUUCAAGGACACUUCCGGUUGUCUUAGAAGUUGUUUGGCCUCUGAUCCGAGCAGACUUCAUCAGUCAAAGACGAGAACGGACAGCUCUUGUCUGAGGGGAUGGUGUAGAACCCAAGUAUUUAUUCUCUAAGGUGGUUGCAUGCCCCAACAAGAAUGGUUUCAUUAUUUUGUCAUGCAAAACAACAGUAAGAGAAAAUAGAGUGGCCUCUACCAGCCAACCACUGGUGGACUCGAAAGCUAAACGUGGCUGUGCUGUGUUCUUUGUGAGAGGCUAAGAUAUUGAAUCUUUCUUCUAACAACUGUUGUUUUGCAUUCCACAAUAGUGAAACCGUCCUAUUUGGAAUGUGCCACUACUUCAGAGGAUCAAUGCUCGGUCUUACAACAACCCCUCAGAUUGGUUAUGUUCUGUUGUCUGAGCAGGGACUGAAUUGAAGCCUACUCUGAUGAAAGACAAUACAUCUUCUAAAACAACUUAAACAGUUGUGUUGGCGAUCGAUUCAAUGCCCUGAGAAUAGGAGAAAAUCAGCCUACGUCAGCAUAUUUUAUUGUAAUUUUUUGUAUGCAUUCCUCAUUAGUAAUAUUUAGUUACAGUUCCAUUACCACUUUUUCCAUUGCUUUUUACAACAAUUUAAUGUCUGCAAACUCCCUUGUGGUUUUGGUGGUUCUUGUAGCUAAGGAUGGGUUCAUUUCUACAAAACAUCAAGAGCAUUUAUCUUGUGGUUAUAAGGUUAGCAGGGGAAAGUGUCGUCUUGUACGGGAAUAAAGGAUGAAACUUUAGGCAACCUGCCAAAAACAUGACUAUUACAUGUUGGCAUGUGGAUGGAAGAACUGUUGGAGCACCUCUUUUUAGUUUUGUUUUUGCCUUCUUAUUUCAUAGUUGACCAUAUACAUGUUCAACUCUAUAGUUUUUUAAUGAUUUUUAGCCACUAUUAGAUCCAUAUCCAGUAUUAUUUCCUUUAAAAUUUUUGGUUUGCUAUGACUUUUUAACAAUUAUUUUCCAAUCUUAAACCUCAACUUCUUCUUAUAUACAGUAUGAGCUCUGUAGGUGAGUGAGUAGCCGACACGUAUUAUACACCACCUCGCACGGUCAAUUAUGCAUUUGAUAACAAAGCGUUAUUUGUACAGCUGUUUUAUAUUAUUUUACCAUGAUAAUCCUCUGUAACCUGAACGGUGCACAGACAAUCGCUAUACACAUGUCAAUAAAGCUGUGAUAAAGUGCCCAUCGGCUCUA